CAAAAUGGAGAUGAUCAUCAUCAUUCCUUCCUGGCCUCCCUGACACUUACACCUUUUGAAUGAAAGCAUUUUCUAUGUUUUCCAAAUUCUUUGAAAAGGGUUUUCAAUAUAUUCAUUUGGGAAUCAUAGGAAUUGCAUCCAUUCCCAAUUUUUUGGUCAGUGAAUCGGGAACUUGAUGUUCAACCCCAAAGUAGGUACCUUGGCAUUCAUAAGUUGUCACAGGUAUUAGCCAAAUGGGGUUGAAAUUUGCAAGGCCAGUGCCAGGAAAGAAUGGAAAUGCCACUCUUCUCCUCCAGCAUAGAAUGCUCGCUUAUCUUACAGCAAGUUCUUUUAUUCGGAACCUGGUGUCCAAGAAAAGAAGGCGAAUGGUUGUUGGUGGUUAUGAUCUGGACAUGUCAUACAUAACAGAUCGUCUAUUAGCAAUGUCAUUUCCUGCUGAACGUAUGCGAGCAAUGUACCGUAAUCCUCUCUGGCAGGUGAAGUCUGUGCUAGAAAUGAGACACCAGGGGCAUUAUAAGAUCUACAAUUUGUGUAUAGAAGAAGACUAUGAUCCAUUGCAUUUUCAUGGCCGUGUGGAGAAGUUUCCUUUUGAUGACAAUCACGUUCCAUCCCUCGAAAUGAUGAAGUUGUUCUGUGAGAGUGUGCAUUCAUGGCUAUCAGAUGACCCAAAAAAUAUUGCAGUCAUACAUUGCAUGGUAUUAGUGGCUGGCAAAGGUCGAACAGGAUUAAUGGUGUGUGCCUACCUUGUUUUCACAGGCAUGUUAGCAGAGGAAGCUCUUCACCUGUAUGCCCAAAAACGGACUACCAACAAUGAAGGAGUCUCUAUACCAAGCCAACGUCGUUAUGUGGGGUACUGGGAAAAUAUACUUUCAUUUCCAAGGGGAGUUAGCAAUGGACUUCCAGAUGUCAACUUGCCUCCACCAUGCAGUAGAGAAUUGCGACGAAUUCGUCUUUAUGACACCAUUAACACAACCUCUGUCUUCUUUGUGGUCUCAGAGCUCCAAGAGAUUUCUAAUCAGAUGUACCGUCCACCUGUCGAAGUUGCCAAGAGUUGCUGUAGAGAAAUCAAUAAAGGAUAUGAGGCGAACAGCAGUCCUCGGUACUUCUUGUCAUUUAUUGAAGGUGGAGAAGAAGGGAAUAUAUCAGAAUCAGAAGAACCUCGUGUCGUAGUCCAAAUGGACACAGAAAGUCCUGUGUUAUACCAGAAGACCUGUCUUGACUAUCAUUUCAGUAAACCUGUGCAAGUUAGCGGAGAUGUGCGAGUCAUAUUCUAUCAAAAGAUGAUUGGAGGUCGCCUUUUUUAUGCUUGUUUCAACACAGCCUUCAUAAAAAAUAGCUUGUUACAGUUUACUAUCCGGGAUUUGGACAAAGUUGGGAGCACAGGUAGAUCAAUAUGUGGCCCUGCCUUCUGCGUGGAGUUGCUAUUUGGUCCUGCUAACCCGAAGCAUUCCUUGUCAUGUUCAUCUGAUUAUGACAACUAAAGUCAAGAUCUGUUUAAGAAACGAUACGAUGCACCUUGUUUGUUUGAUUUUUCUGGCAAAAUGGUCCAUUUGAUGAAGUUAUGGAUCAAGUGAUACAACAGCUUACACACUGAGUGAUUCUGUAAUCUUGCCUUUGGGUGGUAAGAUACUGGAAUAAGAACAAGUUUUGUACUCAUAGAUUUGAGAGCAUUUGGUAGGAGAUGAGAUUUAUAUCAAUGUUUGACACUGAUUGCAGAUCUGUCAAAUUGCAUCUGAAUCAUCUAUCUCCAAGGUUCGCAGGCAGAUAUUUCCUCUCUAUCUCAACUUCUCCUUAACUAAACAGGAUCUAGCUCUGGACUUGGUGCUCCUCUUUUAAAAUUGUGGUGUCCAUUGCUCUGCAUUGCUUAAGAGUUUUUACACUGAAUUGAGAGAUACAGUUCUAAUCAGAACCUUGAUUAGGAACUUCCAAGUAGAAUGUAUCCUAGUAGACGAGAG